AUGCAUUGGAAGCCUCCGAGGCCCUUCCCCGGGGAGAGCCCCAAGGGGCGGAGCGGGGCCUGGCUCGGCCGCUGGCUGCUUGGCCCCGCUUCCGAGGGCGCGCCCGAGCUCUUGACCCCGCCGCCCCUUCGAGGGGUGGAGAGAGGGCUCCAGGCUGCAGUGGGCGUGGAGCCAGACCUGCGGAGUGGCGCCUGGGUGGUCCCGGUGUUCGCCAUGAAGACCUCACUGAACACCAUACCACCCAAAUAUUUAGCCCACAGCCCACUCAACGCCCUGCUGCGGGUGCCCGGCCCGCCCCCACCCAGUCCCAGGUCGUCCGCGGAGCCCAGCGCGGUCCUGAGGGAAGGCGUGCGCCGCUGCCUGCAGCAGCAAUGCGAGCAGACGGUUCGGAUCCUGCACGCCAAGGUGGCCCAGAAAUCGUACGGAAAUGAGAAGAGGUUCUUCUGCCCACCGCCCUGUGUCUACCUCGCAGGUCCCGGCUGGAGGGUGAAGCCAGUGCCGGGCCAAGCCCACCAGGCAGGGGAGACUGGGCCCCUGGUCUGCGGUUACAUGGGACUAGACGGCGCGUCCGGCAGCGCCGCCGAGACGCAGAAGUUGAAUUUCGAAGAGCAGCCGGACUCCAGGGAAUUCAGUUGCGCCAAGACUCUGUACAUCUCGGACGCAGACAAGAGGAAGCACUUUCGACUGGUGUUGCGGCUCAUGCUCCGAGGCGGCCGGGAGCUGGGGACCUUCCACAGCCGCCUCAUCAAGGUCAUCUCCAAGCCCUCGCAGAAGAAACAGUCGCUGAAAAACACCGACCUGUGCAUAUCCUCCGGCUCGAAGGUCUCCCUCUUCAACCGCCUGCGCUCCCAGACGGUCUCCACGCGCUACCUCUCUGUGGAGGACGGGGACUUUGUGGCUAGUGCACGCCAGUGGGCUGCCUUCACUCUCCACCUGGCUGAUGAACACUGUUCCCAGGGGGACUUCCCGCCUCGAGAGGGCUACGUCCGCUACGGCUCCCUGGUGCAGCUCGUCUGCACGGUCACGGGCAUCACCCUACCUCCGAUGAUCAUCCGCAAAGUAGCCAAACAGUGUGCCCUCCUUGACGUGGAUGAGCCCAUCUCCCAACUCCACAAGUGUGCAUUCCAGUUUCCCGGUGGUCCUCCAGGAGGAGGCGGCACCUACUUAUGUCUCGCUACAGAGAAGGUGGUGCAGUUUCAGCUGAGUGGCGGGGGCGACGUGGCCACCCUGGAGCUCCACGGUGAGAACUUCCACGCGGGGCUCAAAGUGUGGUUCGGGGACGUGGAGGCCGAAACCAUGUACAGGAGCCCGCGGUCCCUGGUGUGUGUGGUGCCCGACGUAGCCGUCUUCGGCAGCGACUGGCGCUGGCUGCGCACACCCAUCACAGUGCCCGUGAGCCUCGUGCGCACCGACGGCCUUUUCUACCCCAGCGCCUUCUCCUUCACCUACACGCCCGAGUACAGCGCGCGGCCGGGGGCCCCGGGCGCCCCGGCGGCGCCCGCCGCUGACGCCGACGCGCUCCUGGAGAGCAUCCAUCACGAGUUCACGCGCACCAACUUCCACCUCUUCAUCCAGACGUAG